UUCAAUGUACUUAAGCUACAGUUAAAACACAUACUUAAAUGUUUUGAAUUCUAUAUUUAUUUAGUUUAUUAGCAUGUUGCUUGAAAACAACAAUCUGUAUAAGCCUAUGUUUUUUUAUGGAGGAUACAGAUCCAUUUUCAUUUUUGUCGGGGGCAAAGGAAGGAAAGAAUAAGGGGUUACAAUUCAUGACUGGGUAGAAGUCUGCACAAUAAAAAUAAAAAAAACAUUCAAACUAAGCAUAGAAUUGGGAUUAUAUCAAAUCUCCAGUGUGAUAAAAGGCAAUUCAUGCUCUUUUCGGCUACAACUCAUACAGCUAAAUGAAAAAAAAAAUGAACAAAAAUUGAAAGUGGAGCUGCAACAAGUCUUUUAUCUACAAAUUGAAAUAUUUGUGUGUAAUGUGUGCUGGUGUAAUAGUCCAGCCUGUCCUUGCAGUUGCAUCCUAUUCGUAGAAGUGUGAGAGAUUCUCUGUAACAUUACAUCACUGGUUAAACAGAAAGAGACAAAAGGAGGGAAAACUACCAAGUUUAAUAACUAUACACUGUGCAAAUGAUCUUCAGUAAUUAAAGAUUAAUAAUGCAAUUUAGGAUGCAUGUUAUGCUGUGUGUGCCUCAGUGCCAAAAUAAAUUAAUAAAACAUGAAUUCAGCUUCCCCUGUUGACCGUUAAACCCAUACACCUAAUGUCAUUCAUUUUCUCAUAUGUCACAAACCUGCUUUGUUAUUCUUUACUGCUUUCUUCCUAACCCCAGUGUAACUCUCUCUCCUCAUGCCCUCCUUCCCCUCCUAUCUCGUGAUUUAUUUGCCCCAGUUCCAAUAUUUGUCGGCAGUGUGUUUUCUUCCCCUUGUCUAAAUGUCACCCCUUCUUCUAAGACAAUAUAGGGAGUGGGAGAGAGGGAGAACGAGAGGGCAAAUGCGGGGGGAAUAGAGGAAGGGGAGGAGUGUGUUGGGGGGGAACUCGUAAAAUGAGCAACAAAGUUUGGGAAAAUUAAACAUUAGGUAAGACACUCACAUGCAUAUACAUAUACGUGGUAACAGAAGUGCUGUGUCAUUGUUCUUGACGUGGUGAUUCUGCAGGGCAUCUGAUGGAUCAAUAUUCCCGAGGCGAGAACAGGCUACAGUUUGUGUUGCCAUUUCGUGUUUUUCAGCACAUACAUGCAAGGAUCACAAAAAAAAAAAAAAAACACAGAAAACAUUCAUUUGUGAUAAUCAUUUAAAUUAUCUUAAACUUUGGACUCAGAUGUGAGGUCUUAAGCCAAACAAAUGCAAUAAAAAGCAUACUUGCUCUCUUAAUGCUUACUUAGUGCAACUAUUAUCCUUCCCAAAGCCUCCUCCUCCCCUCCCUCGGCAUCACUCCACACCCUGGAUCACGCCUGUCCUCUCUCUCCCACCCUCAUUCUCUACCUCCUUUAUAACCCAUCACUCCCAUCUCACUGCUCUCACUCAUUCUCGCUGUUUCAACCUGGAAUGGACACGUUUAUUUUAGUCGGGAACGAAUCUGAGCGCUCGCUGACACAAGGCUAUUUUACCUUUUUAUUUUACUAGCACUUCUGGAUUUUAAGUUCUGCUUUUUUUCAGGUGGUAGUAAGUUCAGUUAAUUUGGGACGUGGAGUUUUUGAUGUGUUGGAAGGAUGAGUUCUGUUUGCAUCUUGUAAAAACGUUCCCGCGAGCACGCUUUUUGCUGUCACUGGCAGCACAAGGGAAGAAAACUGAUGAACAACUUUAUUGAAAGAAAUUGGGAUUAAAUUUCAAUUCGAUCAACUCGAUAUCGAAAGGAGGGAGAGCUGGAUAUCACAGGACUAUGAACUGAUAUGCGGGGAUCAUCCCCAGACUCUGGGCUACAAACAGAAACCAAAACAACAACAGAAACAAAGACAGGCAGAUAGAUAGGCAGGCAGACAGACAGACACACAGAUCUGUUCAGCUGUGGAGACGGGCAGCGUGCUGUCCAAAGACCCAUCCUGACGCACGGAGACGGACAGACAGACGGACAGUCUGAUGCCAACUGUCUCCACUGUCAAUCUCACGGCACCACUCCUCCUCCUGCUGCUAUGGGCAACCCACCCCACCAUGGCAACCAACUGGCUCUCCCUGGCGAGGCUGCCUCGCUCCAGGCCCGUGUCUGGUGCUGCCCCAUGUGCGCGGCUGAGGGGGCUGACCCCAGGGCAGGUGGGGGUGUGCAGGGCGCGAGGGGAGGUCAUGGAGUCGGUACGCAAGGCAGCCGAGAUGGUCAUAGAAGAGUGCCAGCACCAGUUCAGGAAUCGCCGCUGGAAUUGUUCCACCACCCCACGUGGGAUCAAUGUAUUUGGCAGAGUCAUGAACCAAGGGACUCGUGAGGCGGCCUUUGUGCACGCUCUGUCCUCAGCAGCCGUGGCAGUGGCUGUGACCCGGGCCUGCACCCGCGGGGAGCUGGAGAGGUGUGGCUGUGACAGGAAGGUCAGGGGGGUCAGCCCCGAGGGUUUCCAGUGGUCAGGGUGCAGUGACAACCUGUCCUAUGGCGUGGCGUUCUCCCAGACAUUUGUGGAUGAACCAGAACGUGCCAAAGGGCUGUCGGCGGGGCGACCACUCAUGAACCUCCACAACAACGAGGCUGGUCGAAAGGCCAUCCUUCACAACAUGCAGGUGGAGUGUAAGUGUCAUGGCGUCUCUGGCUCCUGUGAGCUGAGGACCUGCUGGAAGGUCAUGCCUCCUUUCAGGCGUGUUGGCGUCGUGCUCAAGGAACGCUUUGAUGGAGCCACAGAGGUAGCAGAGUACACCACAGCCUCCUGUGAAACUGUGGAGUCGCUCAGUCACUCUAACUCUCUCAACACCUCCUCCUUUAAGGUUCGCCUGACCCGCAUAGGAUCCAGGACAGCCCUGCUCCCCCGUGACCCCCAGGUCAAACCUCCUGCUGCCAGAGACCUUCUGUACCUUGCGCCCUCCCCGGAUUUCUGCCAUCUUGACCCUGACAACGGUAUCCCUGGGACUGCUGGUAGGAGAUGUAACGGAACCUCUCGGCUGGCGCCAGACGGCUGUGAGCUGGUGUGCUGCGGGCCGGGUUACAGAGCGGGCCGGGCCGAGGUGGUGCAGCGCUGCUCCUGCAAGUUUUCCUGGUGCUGCUCAGUCCGCUGCCAGCAGUGCAAGAACACAGUCACCAUUCACACCUGCAGAGUCUGAGAGGACCCAGACCAGACCAGACCGCCUGAGCAGAAAGACCCGAACAAACCACUAGACAGACACAAACACAACAUAAGAACAGUAAUUUUUUUUUUACAGUAAUUACUUUACACCUUUAGCUCCACGUUACUUUAAAGUCUGGCUGAGAGCAUUUUCAGAGAGAAAGGUAGAAACAAAGAUCACCUUCAGACAGGUGGGCAUUUACACAAACACACGAGCACACUCAACAGUUAGUCUCACAUUGAACUGACAAAGCUUUUAAAGCUGAACGUAACCAGAACUAACAGGGAAACACAGCAGCACUAUUUUGAUUUUAUGCAAACUAUUCACGUUGUGUCAUAGACUAGCAGGUCUUUGAACACUGACUGUAUUUAUGUCUUCUUCUCUGUUCUGGUUUAUUUAUUUAUAUAUCUGAGUCUUUGCUUCACUUCAGUCUCCAGCAGCAAUAUCUUAAAUAGCAAGAAUAACUUUUACUUACAUCAGUGUUUUUAUUGUCCCUCACCUUCAUGUGAAACUCUUCUGUAUGUUCCUGUACAAGCAGUGCUUUUAGGUCUGUUCAGAAAAAAAUCUAAUAAAUACAGUAGUUUUAUCUAAAAUUGGUGGUUCUUGAGUUGGUUUUCUUGACUGGAUGUGUGUAAAAUAUUGUCAUGAGUGAAAUUUCUCACUGAGCCAGAUGGGCAAGCUGCAAAGUUAAAGAGUCACUGUGGAGUUUUUGGCCACUGGAGGCAGUAUGGAGCAACUCAUGAUCAAAAAUAUGUGGGGUAAAAUUGAGUAAAAAAUACUUAGCAAAAAAAACAAAAAAUGUUUAGGCUGUGUGCAGCUUAAAUAAGUUACUAAUAAAGUUAAAACAGUCAGCUGAAAGAAAGAAGCUAAAAGUUGGAAAAAAGCAAGCGCACUACAAUAAAUAAUAUCUAAUACUAAUAUCCAUAAACAACUGACUGUCUUCAACGUAGUUGUUCACGUAACUGCCUGUAUAGUACACGUUACUGAAGGAUACCUCUAGAUGAUGCACAUAAGCUUGUUGUCCUGUUGUUGAAAGUGAAAGGCAGCGCUUCCCUCUUUGUCAUAACCACCACUGAGGUGCCCUUGAGCAAGGCCUUUAACCCCAGCAACUUCAGUGGACCUGCUCAAUUGCCAGCAGAUCCACUUUGUAACACCGAGCAUCUUCCAGGUGUGAAUGAGUACAUGUGUGAACGUGAUCAGGGCAUUCCUGGAAGAGAGCCCUUGACGGCUUGCUCUGUGAACCGACCCUGAACAACAUUUUUUUUUGUAAAAACAAACACAAAAAACAUUGUACAAGCAUGCUGUAAAAGACUGAUUGAUUGAUGUUUAGACCGAUUGACUUGAAAUGCAGCAGAAGGCAGAACAGAGGACUGUCUGCUGAUGUAGGUUUCAAAAUAGUCAGAUUCUGGAAAUGGGGAAAUGAAUUUAACACAUUUGUUAGGCCUCAAGGACACACAAUGUGCUCAGUGAGAAUAGCUGUAAACGUAGCUGUUUGUUCUUAAAAAAAACACCACACAACACCUUUACCAUGGUUAUUAUCUCUCUCUCACGAUUUGAUGUACAUGCAGCAUUCUGGUUCAAACACACAAAACAAAGGCUACUCCCCGUGUCAUUAAACUGUUUUUAUUAAAAAUAUCCUGUCAUUACAAACACCCAGAAUUUUACUAGCAAAGGUUAUCAUCUCAAUCUCUAUCAAGAUUAAGAUCUAUUUAAAAUAUUACAAUAUUACAACUUAAUUUGUUAUAUUAUCCAUCGCUCAAAGUUGGUUGUUUAGCAAUAAAAAAAGAAUCUUGAUAAAAUAAAAACUCAAGUUUCAAAAUGAAUAACUGCUAACAAAAUUUCCCAAAACAGAGUCACAGAAUUAAUACAAUAUACACAAAAGAAGAAUAAAAUACAAAUUUGUGAGUCAACUGAAGAAGGGAAAUUGAAGGUGUGAAAAUGCUCUUGGCCUCUGCAAAAGUCUCAGUGAAUUGGAAGAAAGGAAGCAUUACAGACAUUUGCCUUAGUUUGGAGUGACGAUAAACCUCUUGUGCUUUCAUUAUUCAAUCCAAAAGGGUAAGAAAAGAAAGCAAAUAGAGUACCACCUAACAUUAAGUUGCCCCUUUAAAUGUACUAACCAAAGUUCAUUAAAAAAAAAACUUAAUGUUGAAAGUGUUUCCCAUUGUUAUUUCCUAACAGUGGGUUUUAAAAGCGCUAAUAAGCCAUAAAAAGUCAAACACAGACAAGGCCGAAGGCGACUAAACAAAAUAAUCUCUUUCCUGUUAAGUGGAGCGACAGAGACAGGCAGGGGGGGCCGGCCCCACCUCAGUAAUUGUAGAGAGAA